GCACUGUUUUAGGAGACUAGAAAUCGAAACGUAAAGUUAUAAGGGAUUUACUAGAGAGAAAAUGUAUUUAUUUUUUGGCUCUCAUAAACUUUACUACUUCUGUAUUUAAAAGAUGUUUGUGUCAUCUUCUUUAUAUUAAUCAAUAUUACAACCUUUCAUAGCUCACAAGCUCAUUUUUAAUUUCAAAGGCCUUUAUUGGAAAAUAGAUACAAUUUAUAAAAACUCUCAAAAAGUUUCUAAUUAAAAUGGAGAACUGGAUCAGGAUCAGGAAGCAUCACCCAGGAACACUUCCAGGGUUUCCUCCAGAAAACCUGCUGAGCCCGGUGGCUGGGGUCAUCCACCAGAAUUACUGAGACACUCAAACCCAUGGUGGACCAUGAAGGGGAUAAAUAAGACCAGAAACACCUAUUAACUGAUCUGGAGAGAAGCCUGGAGGUGGCGCUCUGGUGUUAGACCAGUGAUGGUCUAACUGUCAUGGAUAUACUGAGUUAUUUUAGGAACUAAAGUCUCUUUGAGAUAACUCCCUUCAGCUCAGCAUUAAUAUGUCCUCUUCCAACAGAAAAAAAAAAUCUGCUCGAAAAGAGAGUGAGCAUCUUCAAAACGUUUGUCAACAGAGGGAAACCUGUGUCCUGCGUGAGUUUGUGGUGUUGGCUCUCAGAGCGCUGACUCCAGCCACAGUCUGUUUUGUGAAUAAUCUGAUCGGUCUUUACCUCAUCAUCUCCUUGUAAACCAUUUCUCUAACAAGAUUUUUCUUCCACUAAACUUUCUAUUAAAAUACAUAGUCUAUAAACAGUCUGCUGCUUUAGUAGCCACCUUAUGUGUUUAAUGGAUAACUGUUAAGUCAGCAGUCUUCCCUGUGAUUGGUCACUAAAAUAUAACAUAAAACUAAAGGUCUUAUGUAAUAUAGUUUUCUAAAAACUAAAUGAAAUACUUUAAAUUAUCUUCUGGUUUAAUGAGAAGCUUUGGUCAGACAGUAAUUACAGUUCCUAUGUAUAUAUAUGUGUGUCGUUUUUUUUCUAACCCCACACUUCUUCCUUCAAAAGCUGAUUGAUGCCGUCUGACUAAGCACAGAACAAUCCAGGACGGGCUGAAAGCCAUCUCUAUGCAGAGCGUAUUGAUCAGUGAACAGCCUAUUAAUGAGCGCGAGGGCGUGGCGAGGCCUCCGCACGUGGAAACAUUUAAAACCUGUCGAUAAAGGCUCGCGCUGUUCUGGUCGGCUGCUGUCAGGAGCGGAUGAGUUCAGUCCGCGGUUCGCUUCUCCUGUAGCUGGGCUUCAAAGCGGCGGGGGGGGAAAAAUGCUGCAGGACGCCUUCGGCUGCGUCGUGGUGAACAGGUUCGGGGAUCUUCUGGACGACGAGGCCGAUCCGUUCGACCUGAUCAGCGAGGUGGAGCUGGAGAAAGAGAAGAAGAAAAGGAAGAAAAAGGAGGAUGAGGACAAGAAAAGCAAGCAGAAGAAACCAGGCCUGAGGGAAUCUCAGAGGAACAGGCGGCUGCCGGCGGCCCCAGGUGCUCUGAAGCUGGUCCCAGGGCAAAAGCAGCAGGAAUGUCCCCCAUUAGCAAAGGAGGACAGAGACUCCAGAGCCGAGACUCCCAGGACCAGGAAGAGAGGAGGCGCUGCAGGCCAACGGAGGCUGAACCAAGAAGAACCGCAGGAGUUUUCAAUGCCAAAGCCGUCCUAUAACGAAGCCUCUGACUUCAGCAGCAGAGGGGGAUUCACAGGCCGAAGAGGAGCGAGAGGAGGUGGGGGAAGAAACUCUGAUAACUUUUAUCUGCGAGGCAAGAGAGAAUAUGAUCGACAUGAUGGAACAGGGAUCUCGUCGGAAGAAAAGCGAAGAGGCAGAGGACUGUGGAACUGGGGGAGUGCUGUGGAGGCUCCAAGUGAAAUGAUGGAGGUGACAAGUGAUGCUGGUGCCAAAGCUGAGGAUCCACAAUCAACUUUGGAGGAGGAGAAUCCAGCUCGAGUGACAGAUGAGGACAAUGAGAUGGUGGUCCAGGUUGCAAUGGAGAUGACCCUGGAUGAGUGGAAGGCCAUUCAAGAGGAGAAACGUCCCAAAGUGGAGUUCAAUAUCCGUAAAGCGGAGCAUAAGAUUCCCUCUAAAGCAAAGGUCAUUCACCAGUCCAAGCACCUGGAGAACACUAAGGAGAUGGUAGAGGAGAUUGAGGAAGAUGGAAACUUCUUUCGCAGGUCAAUGAAUGACAUCACCACUCUCUUGGACAUAAACUUUGGGAGUCUUGGACGUCCGAGUCGUGGCGGCCGAGGAAGGGGAGCUCGAGGUGGUCAAAGUGUUCGCCCAGAAAAACCCAGACCCAUUUAUGAAAAGGAGGAUGAGAUGGCGCCUGAUCCUGAUGACCCAGAAGACUUUCCAGCUCUCACUGCAGGAAAAUGACUGACUUGUCGCCUUCAAUUAAACUGUUCACAUUUCUGUUCUUAAUGUUCUGUUGCACUUGUAACGCUGUUCAAUAAAAGCUUUUGCAAAGUUA